UCAAACGCUAAUUUGCCAUGAAACUGUUAAUACUGUUCGUCUGUUUUGGACUCAUCGCUUUGGCUGCUGCCAAUUUCGUUACGCAAGUCGGUCCACCAGGCCCGCCAGGUCCGCCGGGCUUACCCGGUCCCCCAGGACCAAAAGGUGAAAAGGGUGAGCGUGGUUCAGAGGGACGUUCUGGUUUGGUCGGUCAGCCAGGAUCAACUGGUCGACGUGGUCACACAGGCAGCCCGGGUCCAGUAGGACCACCAGGUGCACCAGGUUUACGUGGCCCGCGUGGUUAUGUUGGUGCGCGUGGUCCUGACGGCCCAACCGGACCGAUAGGACCCACAGGUCCAACUGGAACAUAAAUAAUUAAAUUAUUUUUGGUAUUUUAUUGGACUUAGAAGUAACAUAGUGCUUAUAAAAUAUAUUGUAUGAAAAUAAAUUAAA